CUGGUAAAACUUUCGAUUUUUCACGUCCUUUGAUGAAUCUUUGUGAAGUUUAGUUUAGCCAUUUUCUGUGAGGUAUAUGAUGUCAACCGACAUAUAAUGCAGUGAUAUUCACUUGAAUCACCAUUUAGGACACGGGCGGUAAACGUUGAGCUGCAGGACCAUGUUUAAAGCUCUGGAUUAUGUGAACUAUGACAGUCUAUUCCUUGGGAAGAAGGUAGCUGCGUCUUCGCCUCCAGCACCUGUCUCCUUACUGGGACAGAGCUGCCUGGAGGUAUGUCGAAGUCCUGCCCUAACAGAGUUGGCUAUGACAGUCAUACCUGCCCACCUGGCCCACCCACUUCUGCGGGUGGGUAUGGAACGCUUUCAGAUCGGAGCUGUCACUAAUAUUGUGGCAUCUUGGCCCCUGGAUACGUUGUGUUUCCGUGAGAUUGUGCCUGAGAGUUAUGAGGACAUCUUCAUGGAUGAGAUGGGACUGGACCUGGUGGUGUUCCGUGGCCUCACCAACAGAACCAAACACUGCAAGAUGAGAACUCUGGACUUCAGGGGAUGCAAACUCAACACGAUGUUCACCAAACUGAUUGUUCAGAUGUGGCCUCUCCUCUCGCUGAAGAAAUCACAACUGAACCCCAAAAAAUUAUCUGCAGUUGUGGCAAAAGUGGCGGGAGUGAGUUGUGUUGUUGCUUGUCGAUUAACAGAAGAAAUUUUGCCUCGAAUCCUCAAAGAUUUGCUGAGUCAUGACAUGGUUAAGAGUCCCAGUUUCUCCAUAAAAAUUCCCAAAGGAGAAAAGCUUCAAGUGAAGAUUGACAACGUUACCUUGACGACAAACAACACAUUUUUCAUGGAUUACCUCAUUUCCAACUGCCUAAGGGAGAUAACUCCCCUUGUGGUUAUUGUCUCAAAUAUCACAAUAAGGUCUGAGCUGGAGAUAGGGGAUCAGAUCAUGGACUCUCUGGGUCCAUUCAUAGUGUUGAGAGGUCAAGAGGUUAAUACUCUUGAGGGUAUUUGCCUAGAGCAGUUAGAAGAGGGUAUUUUCUUCAUAGUGUCUUCAGACAUUAAGAAGUUUUCACGCAUUCGUGCGCUUGACCUGCAGGACUGUAGUAUAUAUUUACAGCAGGGUCGGACGCGAAGUCGAGCUUCAGGAAGGAUGCAGAUCACUAGUGCUUUCACCAACUUCCAGAACCUGACUCGGUUGGACAUUAGCAGGAAUUACAUCGUAGGAUGCUUGGGAGAAAUCCUUGAUGCUCUGCGCACCCCGCUUUCUUUUCUCAGUCUCCAUGGUUGUGAUCUAAAUGAGAGUGAUCUGGACGCAUUGACGAAAUCGCCGCACGCUCAGUCGCUGCGGGAGCUCUACCUGAGCAAACUCUGUCAAAUCUCCAUCUCAAACUUCGACCGGAUCUCGCCGGCGUACCUGCUGAAAAUCACACAGCAUUUCCCACGUCUUACACUCCUGAACCUCUCGCAGAACUACAUCCCGGUCUCGUCCAUCCCAGAAUUCUCACACAUCCUGUUGACUCACCUCAAGCAGCUGAAGGGCAUUGACCUCAGUUGUAACUUCUCCUCAGAAAACCUGCUGGAGAUCAUCCGUGCCUGCGCAAAGGUGCGCACCAUGCAGUGGAUCCGUGUCACUUACAUCCUGAACAUUAUGGAGGAGCUAGGCAUUGUUGAGGCUGACCACAACAUGGCUGUCAUGGAGACCAAAAUCGUGGAUAUGCUCAAGGGUAUGUGUCGCGAUGACAUCAGGGUUAAGGUCGUGCGGCUGACCUAUGCUGCACUGUUCAGUAUCAUCGACUUUUAAGGCUCAUAUGAGGUAGAACAGUUACCCUUUAUACAGUCUGGCUGACUGGCUUUGUGGUAUCAAUAUCAUGGAUGUCAGAGGAGUGGAUUCUGAAAAAAUUUGUGCUACUCGCGCCAAAAGUUUUGGCCAAAAUUAGUUCAAACAUGUAAUCAAACUGGAUCUUUUGAUAUACUGCCCAAAAGAAAGACAUCAGCUUGAGAGCAUGUGAUACUGAAAAAAAAAAAAAAAAAAAAAAUCAGUACGUACCUCUUUCAGGCUGGUGAAUUUUUUGUUUCAUUUAAUUUUUGCCUUCAGUUGAACAUGCCCUGCUAAAUGUAUAUGAGGAAUACGCCAAAACGGCCAUGGUGGUAUUUACUGGUAUAAAUAUGUUCAUCAGUUAACCUGAUACCCUAAUUCCUCAACCUCUUCGCAUAUGAAAGAGCAACUUUCUGUGCAAUUUAUGCACAUUUGUAAUUUGAUUUUGGAGACAAAACCAUACUGGUAGGACUGGCUAAUUUCAGGGCUUCACAAAAAGUGUAGUUUUAACAGUCUUAAAAAAAUAAUGCCUUCAGAAUGUGUUUGACACCUUGCAAACAUGCAGACUGGUUAAAGAAUUACAGUAAAAUUGUUUUUUGCAAUCUACCUAUUUCAAAGGCUUCAUACCUGCAGAUGCUCGUGGGUUUCCACUGGGCUCUCCCAGGUUUCUCCCCACCAUUAUGCUGGUCGCCAUCAUAUAGGUGAAAUAUUCUUUAGUUCGGUGUAAAACACCAAACAAAUAAAUAAAUAAGCAAUCAAACGAAUCUAACACUUAGCUUCUUACCCCCAAACAUUACAUAUACUGUAUUUCUUCAGCCUUUUCAACAUGCUGGCUUCCUCUCUGGCUGUACAUGGGAGGAUCUGUCAGCAACCUGCGGAUGGUCAUGUUUUUUCCUUGGACAAGUUUCCUCCCACAAUAAUGCAUGGUGCCUUCUUCUUUUAAAUUCUUUUAAAAUUUGGGACAGAUGAGUAGUGUUGAAAGUGGAAAAUUGCAUUUUUUUUACCAGCCUAUUGGAAAAGUAAAGAUAGGAGUGUGUUGUUCGUUAGAUGGUCCAACCAUGUGAGAAAAAAGAAACUUGAUACUCCUAUUAGAAUUACAUAUACAUUGGCUGAAAUGAACAGACCUGGGCCCAGUUGUUCAAAAGUGUGUAAAGACGUAAGCCUGGUAUUAACUUUAGUCCAGACUGAAGUGUCAUUUGCUUUGUAUUAGAUUGACACUGGUAUUAAGAUUUAAGUCUGGUUUACCUUUAAUACACUUUUGAACAACUGGCCCCAGGUGUCCCAAGUUUUAGAAGAAAUAGGGUACGUGAAAUAUUCUUGAGUAAGGUGUUAAACACCAAUCAAAUAAAUAAAUCAACCUUUUCAACUGUUUGCUAGAUGUUUGUUUAAACAUUUACUGAGUUCA